AUGGAGAAAGCCAACGGUGAAGAAGUCUGGACCAAGGUAGUUUACAACAGUAAAAGAAGGAAACAAAGGGCAUCAACAGGAACCAGCAAGGGAGAGGCAAAAUCGUCUUCGUUUUUCAUUACAGAGUUUGCUGAAAAGUUCAGGGCCAGGGAUUUGUAUCAGUUUCUUAAGGAGGUAGGCGACAUUGACGAAGUGAUUAUCUCAGCAAAAAGAGAUAUAAGAGAAGGUUUUUUCCCAGUCAAGGUAACACCUUUGGGAGCAAAUGUGUGCCUUCUUGAAGAUCUAGUCAAAGGAGAGAUGAAAGCUUUAUUGGAGGGUGGACGGAACUGGUUAGGGCAGUGGUUAAAAGAGGUUAAGUCGUGGAGUUCAUCACUAGUGGAUCCAGAAAGAAUUGUUGGUUAA